CUGAUAGCACGUUUUCAUCGUCGUCGCCGUCGUCGUCGUCGUCGUCGUCGUGCGAUCAGGUUGCUGUGUGGUCGUCGUCGAUAGUUCAUUCGAGUGCACCCGUCUGCGCAUUAUUGCUCGCGCAUUUCGUUUACCGCGAAUUUCCGAUUGACGUGAGCGCCGCGUUUCACGCGCCGCGCCGUUUUCAUCGGCAAUCGCAAUCGAUCAGUGGCUCGCUCACGAUAUUUGAGUAUUUGUAAUAUGAAUUCGGCUACCGAGGAAUAAUCUGGACAAAGGACAUUGCAGAAAUGAACAUCAUCUUUGUAAACUCCGCUGUCAAACUCGCACAUAUUGAAUGUUCCUUUCCCCUCUUCUUCCCCGAUUACUUUGUAAUUUCUGAAAUGGACGUUUGACUCAUUUAUUUAUUGCUGACGCAGCAUAAUUGCCAAGAUGAAACAAAAUUUAUCGAGUCUGUAUAUCAAAUAAAAACUCGGAGAAUUCGGGUGAGUUGAGUAUCUUAAAACUUUGAGUGAAGUGAAGACGAUAAAAAAAAAAAAAAAAAAAGUAGUGUUGCGUAAGAUCUCGCAAGAUGUAAAAUUAGUGUUCGCCGCUGUGUUUCACGAAGCCGUUGGGACAAACGAACGUGUAAGUGAAACACGAGAUUCGCGGGGGCUUCGUCGCGGACAGUGAGAUGAGUGAGAAAAGUGCAUUAUCGUCUGCGAAGAACCGAGAAAGAGUGAGUGGAAGUACCUUUUGGAGACACAGCUGGCAUUGUUCCGCCUAUUUGUCAAAAGAAUCGUCUCUCGCAAAACUCGGUAACCCGGCUCGCAGUUGGGAAAACAUGGCGCGAGCUAAGACUGACAACAACAAGUCGACAUCUUGGCAGCGUGGGCCAGAUUCGCAGCGAUCCAGUCCUAGUCCGAGCAGACUCCAUCGUGUCGAAGAGGUCACGUCUCACACAGCCCCCGUUUCCCCUCUGCACGAUUACAGAACGAGCGGCCACGCCGGGAGAGAAAGAAGGCGGAAUCCCGGUCUCAGCAAAGCUCAAAGGCGAAUCAAAGCCUCGAGCACACCCGCACUUUUGGACAGGGAUCAUGACGGUCGUCAUUGGUCCGGUGACGAGGAUGACGAAGGCAUGAGGAUGAGCCGCAUAACGACCGAGCAUCCUCUGACAGAAGCGACGAUUCCUCUGGUCAGCCAUUCGAGGCUGCAAGAGCCGUCCUCUUCACCGAAUGUCGUCAAUGUGUCCGCCGGCGGAAAUCAAAAUGCUGCGCAUCGCGCGCAGAGCCAGCAAGAGAGCGUUCUGCAGAAAUUCCGUAAGAGCUUCUCGCUGAGGUUUCACAAAAAGGGCAGCAAGGAGAGCAACGAGGAAUGUCCUGUGGAGGAUCACGACGGGCAUCUGGACGACGAGGAAGGUAGAGAGACACCGCCUGUAACCACUUCGGAACAGAGCAAUCAGCACAAAGACGACUCCUCCAACGACCAGAAAUUCCGAUUCGGUCCGCUGGUCUGGCGUAGCAGCAAGGAGAGGAAGAAGGGCAACAAAGCCGCGCGCAACGCAAAGUGCAACAGCGGGGAUAGCGGCAUACAAAUCGAGAUGGUAUCUGGUGGAGCGUUGACUGGGGGCAGCGGCGGCGGUAUGAUGGGUGGCGGUGACAGUUCCGAGUCUCAUGAUACGGACGACAUUCCCGACGACACCGACAGUCCUCCGGCCCUUCGCAGGCGAGUCACCGACAAAUCGCGGCCCCAGUCCGAGCUCGUCACCCAGAUACUGAUUGACAAGUUGAAGGCGGAUUUGCAAAACCGCACGUCGCGACACAAUCACGUACGUCGCACGAACAGCGACCUGGGAGGCCAGAGACUGCUCCAAUGGGACACCAGGUCGGGAUACGUUUACAAUUACCGCAGGAUGCUGUCGACACCAUCACCGAUCAAAACAAGGCCGCCCAGGCUUAGCCCGAGGCACUCUUCCCAUGAUAUCGUUACGCUCAGAAGUAACGCGAAAGGGAGGAGUUCUCGGACAAAUUUGAGACGCUCGCUCAGCCAGCCACUGGGAAUCAAUCAGCUCUCGCCGUUAAUGCGCACUAAAACUACAGGCGUGAGAUUACCCGGUGGCAACGUGCUAUCCGAGGACGAGCAGGAUGGGAGAGCCGGCACAUCGGACGAUGAGAUGAUGUCCGACUCUGAAUCCUCGAUCGCUUCCUUAACGGACAAAAAAAAGUCAUUCGAGCAGACAAUGGACGAAGAAAUUGUUAUCUUAGCUGAAGCUGUUUGGGACCACGUGGCUAUGGAACCAGAAGAGCUGGCUUUUCGCGCCGGGGACGUGAUUGACGUUCUUGAUACUCUCGAUAAGGAUUGGUGGUGGGGCAGCUGCAGGGGAGAGCACGGAUGGUUUCCAGCCGCUUUUGUCAGGUUGCGAGUGAGCCAGGAGGACACGGUGGAAGAUUGUCUGGCGGCGAUGGCCUCGGGAGGAUCGCCGGUCACUCAGUUGAGAAGACGAACGAGCGUUUCCCUGCUCUCGAACGAGCAAGUGCGAACUAGCGUGGUUCGCGAGCUCGUUCAGACCGAGCGCGAUUUCGUCAAGAUUCUGCGCGACGUAGCCGAGGGUUACAUCGCUGAGUGUCGCAGACGCACGGACAUGUUCACCGAAGAGCAAAUCGAAACGAUCUUCAUCAAUCUCGAGGAGCUUUUGGAUUUUCAAUCCGAAUUCCUCAAGGAUCUCGAGACUCGCAUCGACUGGAACGCGCCUCACAAAAGCUGCGUCGGCGAAUGUUUUCUAACUCACAGGGCAGGCUUUCGUAUGUAUUCUCAGUAUUGCAACAGCCACCCGAUGGCCACGGCGACGCUGCAGGAGCUCUAUCAGCACAAUCGUUAUAGCAAGUUUUUCGAGGCGUGUCGAUUAAUGAGAGGUCUCAUAGAGAUUCCUCUGGACGGAUAUCUGCUGACACCCGUUCAACGAAUCUGCAAAUAUCCUCUUCAAUUGGCGGAACUAUUGAAGUAUACGAAAACCGAUCAUCCGGAUUAUCACAAGAUUCGGGAGGCUCUGGAGGCUAUGAGGGACGUAGCGGUGCUGAUCAACGAGAGAAAAAGACGGAUGGAGAGUCUGGAAAAGUUGGCCGCCUGGCAGAUGCGCGUAGAAGGAUGGGAGGGCGAAGAUCUCAUAGAAGUUUCGUCGCAAUUGAUUUAUCAAGGCGACGCAAUGAGAGUGAAAACGGGUAUGUGGACGAACAACAUUACGCUAUUUCUCUUCGAUCAUCAGCUGGUUUACUGCAAAAAGGACAUACUCAAGCGUAACACCUACGUCUACAAGGGUCGCAUCUAUCUUGACACUAGCGAGGUGAUCGACGUACCCGACGGAAAAGAUCUUCAAUCAGGAGUGACAGUGAGGCACUGUCUAAAGAUAUACAGCUGCGUCCGGGAUAAAUGGUUGCUCUUCUGUUGCCGCACAGCGGAAGAGAAACGCCGCUGGCUCGCGGCAAUGGCUGAAGAACGAAGAUUGGUGGCUCAAGAUAGAAAUGAUGGGUUAGAAUUUCCAGCGGCAGCUAGACAGCUUGCCAGGAUCGCCGCCAGAAGACAGCAGAACAGACCGCCGAUCAAACCACGCAGUGUCGCAGAUAAAACAUACAAGAGAGAGACUGCGUACGAGAUGCCGACGAUGGUCGGACAGCAGGGCAGCACCAAUUCGCUUGGACGAAAAGUCGGCACCUGGUUCACAUUCGGUAGCAACAAGAAAAGCACUCGGCUUCAACCGUCCUGAGACAGGCCCACCUUCGUGCCGUACAUUGACUUGUAAAAACGCCGCGGCUAAAUGGGCGCUGCAUUGUCAUGUCGGAAAUUUUGACUUAACUAGUGAUUAUUCUCCGAAACUUAGAGAUCGCUAUGAGAUAGAGACUUUUUUUUCAAGAUCACUCUGAUCGGAUCACUCAAACGAGGUAACACUACUUAGCGAUCGUUCCUAUUUAACAUAAUUUUUGUGCCAAUCGACGAACGAUCCACUUAGAUCGUCAAGAAGCACCGACGAGACGAGCAGCGCCUCGUCACUUAUAUGUACGGCACGAAGGUGUUUAAAUAGUUCGCAAGUAGAUUUCAUCUCGCAAGAGAUAUAUCUCUUUUUCAACUAAAGUAGUAAAAGAAAACGCUGUAGAUUUCAUCAGAUUCGAUCAUUGUCAUCGCAAUUUGAAAGCAACGUCAAUAUGUAACUUUUCAGUCGCUGACUCUCGCGAAAAUAGAUCAAAGCGUCAUAUCAAAGCGCGCGCUUCUAUAUUUACCGCAGGUAAAUCCAGGUGAGACUUUAUUGUGUUUUAAAUUCGAAUCAGGACUGGUUUUGUCUCUUUGAAUCAGUGAUUCUUCAGAUCAGAGAGAGAGAGGGCUUUAAAUCAAUCUUCUUUGAUACGAUUGUACUUUCAACAUUGUUAAUGUUCGAAACUUAUUGUUUAAAAUCUUUUCAAGUAAUUGUUGAGAGAGAAAGAGAGAGGUGUAUAAUUGAUCUUGUAGAUAUUUGACAUUAGAAAUUAUUGUUACUAACAGCGAAGAUAUAGAGAUUAAGAUAAUAGAAACACACUUAGAAAAGUGUGCGUGUGCGUGUGUGUGUGUGUGCUAUGUGCGCGCGCGCAUGUGUGAGUGUGUGUAUGUGAUAAUAAAUGAUAAAUGUAUAAAGUCAAUAGCGGGCUUCUGCGGUACUCAAGAGAAAAGUAUUAGUCAACUUUUCAUUGCAAAUCCACGAUACAUAAUGAAGCAUGGCAUAUAUGUAUUGUUAUAUAUAUACAUAUAUAUAUAUAUAUAUAUAUAUAUACAUAUAUAUACGCGCAAUAUCGCUUUUCGAACCGAGCAGCUGGAUGUCGUAUUGCAUAUAUACACGGCUAUAAAUUUUGUAUGAUAAUCGAAAGACUGACGACCAAGACGCUUCCUGCGAAGGGAAAUCGAUUAUAAAUUUUGAAUGAGAAAUGCCAUAGGAUCGACAUAACGUGAUUUCUGAAUUGAAUUUGUUAAACGAUCUUCAUCCGCCUUAUGUUUGUAGAUCCGUUUGACUGUUUCGAGAAUUUUGUCUGAAUCUUUUUUUUUUUUUAUCUCUCAGAAAUAAUGUUAAGUAAUAAUUGUCGUGAGUGCGAGUGGUUGGCAACAAGUUCGAUGACGAAAAAAAAACAAAUCCACAUCGGAUCAGUUUAGCGCGAGAUCAAUUUUGAGCGGAACACGAUGAUGAGAUUCCGCAUUUUAUUACUUUUCUCUCAACGAAGACAGGUGUAUUUUGUAUUUAGAGAAAAUCUCCAGCGAGCUAUGCAAGGUAACUUUUACUGCCUAACUAAUGUUCGUUAUUUUACAUGGUUGUGUGUGUCGUAUUACUCGUAGUAGUUUGUACAGAGUUGCUUAUUGGUGGAAAGGUAAGAGAGAUUGAGAGAGAGAGAGAGAAAGAAAGAAAAAAAAUUUCAUUUCUACGCAAAAUAACAGAGCGGCAGUAUUAUCAUACAGAUUAAAAAAAAAAAAAAAAGUAAUUAAAUAUUUGUAAAUAUUCGCAUAUCAGGCCUCUUUGUGUGAUUGCGACCAAGAAGCGAUAAACUUCUUUAAAAAGAGAGAGAAAGAGAGAGAGACGAGAAGGAAAUGAUCAAGAGAUCUCCGAAGUUUUUUCUACUCUUGUACACAGAAAGAGAGAUACGUGAGAGUUCGGUAACGAGUCAGUCAGAAUGUAGAAUCUUUAUGUUAUAAUAAUAACACAACACGUAUUAUUGUCUCCAAACGCGGUCCCUUGACGAAAAGUUCGAUCUUGCAAUCUCAGCGCAACUUAUACUCUGAAAGUUUCCAACACUGCCAAUAAGUUUUAAACAAAUUUUUUUUUCCUUUUUUUUUCUAUACACUUGUUAUUGUUUUAAAUUAUUGUCUUUGAUAAAAAAAAAAAAAAAAAAAANAAAUGAGGAGAUCGGUACUUCCGGUACUUUCUCCGAGAGCGAGGGACAAGCGCGUUUUUCUCCGUCUCUUCGGGAAUCUUUGUGUCUAAAGUCAAGAAACGUAGCACAAGAAGAACGAAGGGGAGAUGCACUUAUUACGUUUUAUAUAUGACACAAACACAAAAAAGGUUUUAUAUAUUUUUGCUUAUUUCCCGACGACGUAAUUUACUAUAUACGAGGACAAUAUAAAUGAUAAAAAAAAAAAAAAAAAAAAAAAAAAAAGAAUGGAUCAAGAUUCCUAAAUGUACAGAAAGAAAUCACAUUAGCCUGUUGAUGUUUAGAUUUAUUAGAAAAGACGCAGAUCCUGUUGCCGGACCCUGAACUCAUUUCAGAGUUAUUUUUAUAGAGAAACUAUUUCGUAUAUUGGUUCUCAAAUGUGAUUUUUCCUAAUAAGUAUUGCUAUUGUACACGGGAAACUGCUUUAGUGGCCAAUGUAAGUAUAAGGAACAGCACAAAAAAAAAGUUAAACGUUAAGAAAUACGCGCGGCAAGAAUAUUCUUGGGGGAAUAUAAAAUAUAACAGAAAUUCGCAUCGUCUCUGAACAAAAAAAAAAAAAUUGUGUGUACCACGCGAUCAAGCCAUCACCAUUUUACAUUUACGAGUAAUGUAAUUGCACUCUCUCGUCACGACGAAGAAGUCGAUCGAAAGCCCGUGAUGAUUAAAAGUUCAUACCUCGCACGAGCUCUCCUAUAUUGACAAGUGAAUUACAUAUCUUAUCGACACACAACCCGAUUAAUUCACAACACAGAGGAUGUUCGACAAGAGGAUGUGCUCUGUCUUCUUUUUUUUUUUUUUUUUUAGAAAUAGUUUCAUUUGGAAAAAAAAAAUGAUUA